ACCUUCCUAGGCGACUGCUACUUCCCUCUCUCGCGCGAGCAUGCACGUGCCAAGGAAGGCGCCUAUUUCGCCUACUACAUCACACGAUGGAAAUACGUCAACGAAGGACUCGAGACGCCGCCUCUCGCGAUUUGCGUGUGUAACAACAAGCGCGGCCGAGAAGGCAUCGCCCGCUACGAGAUCCCCCCGCUCCUCCUCCAAGCCUGGAUGAACACGAAGCUCGAAACCGGGGGUCUCGACGACCAGACCGCGUACGUCCUGAGCCAGCAGGGCUGGGACCUCCGGUUCGUCAAGGCCACCAUGCCGGUCCACGAAGCGCAGCGGCUCGGAAGGUUUCCGCACUUCUCCGGGAAGGUCAGGGUGGAGCGGACGAAAGCGUACAAUCUGCGGGAUCCCGGGGAACGGAGGGAAGCGCUGCGGGCGCUGAUGGGUUUACUGCUUUAUUUUCAUGAUCGUCCGGAGUUUGUGUAUGCGAAUACUCAGAGUGGUUAUAUUUUUGUUUGA